CCCGGGCUCGGGAGCGCGCACGCCGUGCGUCCAGGGUUUCAGGAUUCUACCCUGGCGCCUCCUGGGAAAGGUGAAUGGUUUGGCCUGCUAUGUUCCGCUCUGCGUUGGUCCGGGCCCGGCCAGCUUGCCUCACCGCCCAGUGGGGAAGACAUAUAAGGAAUUUGCAUAAGACAGCUGUGCAUAAUGGAGCUGGAGGAGCCUUAUUUGUGCACAGAGAUACUCCUGAGAAUAACCCUGAUACUCCAUUUGAUUUCACACCAGAAAACUAUAAGAGGAUAGAGGCAAUUGUGAAAAACUAUCCAGAAGGGCACAAAGCAGCAGCUGUGCUUCCAGUGCUGGAUUUAGCACAGAGACAGAAUGGAUGGUUGCCCAUCUCUGCUAUGAACAAGGUUGCAGAAAUUUUACAAGUACCUUCAAUGAGAGUGUAUGAAGUAGCAACUUUUUACACAAUGUAUAAUCGAAAGCCAGUUGGAAAAUACCACAUUCAGGUGUGCACUACCACACCUUGCAUGCUGCGGGAUUCUGACAGUAUACUGGAGGCCAUUCAGAGAAAGCUUGGAAUAAAGGUUGGGGAGACUACACCUGACAAACUUUUCACUCUUAUAGAGGUGGAAUGUCUAGGUGCCUGUGUAAAUGCACCAAUGGUUCAAAUAAAUGACAACUACUAUGAGGAUCUGACACCUAAGGAUAUUGAAGAAAUUAUUGAUGAGCUCAAGGCUGGCAAAAUUCCAAAACCUGGGCCAAGGAGUGGACGCUUUUCUUGUGAGCCAGCUGGUGGUCUUACCUCUUUGACUGAACCACCCAAAGGACCUGGCUUCGGUGUACAAGCAGGGCUUUAAUUUAUAUUGAACUGAACAUACGUCAUACAUCACUGAAGAAAUAAAAAAUGCCUCUCCUGUCUAC